AUGUCUGAAAACCUUGACAAGUCCAGUGUAAAUGAAGCAGGAGAGUCAAAAGCAAAUGAUUCUGAGCAAGGCCUUGAAGAUGCUGUGGAAGGUUCUAAUGAAGCUUUACAGAAAAGAAUAAAGCCGGCCUCUGCCAGCCCCCAAAGGGUGCAAAGACCUCACUCUAGCCCUCCUCGAUUUGUGACAGUAGAAGAACUCUUGGAGACAGCGAAAGGAGUCACUAACAUGGCUCUAGCCCAUGAAAUUGUAGUAAACGGAGACUUUCAGAUUAAACCUGUUGAGUUACCAGAAGACAGCUUGGAGAAGAGAAUAAAGGAGAUUGUACAUAAAGCUUUUUGGGAUUGUUUGAGUGUCCAGCUAAGUGAAGACCCCCCAACGUAUGACCAUGCCAUCAGACUAGUAGGGGAGAUCAAAGAGACUCUCUUAUCUUUCUUGCUGCCUGGUCACACUAGACUGAGAAACCAGAUAACGGAAGUCUUGGAUCUGGAUCUGAUAAAGCAGGAAGCAGAGAAUGGGGCCCUAGACAUUUCCAAGCUGGCUGAAUUCAUUAUUGGCAUGAUGGGGACUCUAUGUGCACCGGCUCGUGAUGAGGAAGUUAAGAAAUUAAAGGACAUUAAGGAAAUAGUGCCCCUUUUCAGGGCAAUUUUUUCUGUGUUGGGCCUAAUGAAAGUGGACAUGGCAAACUUUGCUGUCAGUAGCAUUAGGCCACAUCUCAUGCAGCAGUCGGUUGAAUAUGAAAGGAAGAAGUUUCAAGAGCUUUUGGAGAAGCAACCAAAUUCCCUGGACUUUGUUACCCAGUGGCUAGAAGAAGCUGCAGAUGACCUUAUGAAUCAGAAGUGUAGAAAUUCCCUGCCCGCCAUAGGAGGGGCUGCUUGCUCUGGGGAUGUUACCGUGCCGAGUCCGGUUGCUGUCCAGAAUUAUGCCUACUUGAAACUUCUGAAAUGGGACCACCUCCAGAGACCUUUCCCCGAAACAGUUUUGAUGGACCAGUCUCGCUUCCAAGAGCUUCAGCUUCAGCUGGAGCACCUGACCGUCCUGGGGGCUGUAUUGCUGGUCACGUUCAGCAUGGUAGCCCCAGGAAUUUCAUUCCAGGCAGAGUUUGCUGGGAAACUCAAGAUGAUUGUCAAGAUUCUGCUAACAGAUAUGCAUCUCCCCUCCUUCCAUCUCAAGGAUGCCCUGACUACCAUUGGGGAGAAAGUCUGCAUGGAAGUGGGCAGCUGUCUUUCCCUGUGUUCUGACAAGGAGACAGUGCUGAAGGGCCAGAUCCAGGCCGUGGCCAGUCCUGAUGACCCCAUUCGCAGGAUCAUGGAUUCUCGUAUCCUGACCUUCUUAGAAACCUACCUUGCCUCAGGUCAUCAGAAGCCAUUCCCCACAGUACCUGGUGGAUUGGGUCCAGUUCAGAAAGAGCUAGAGGAAGUUGCUAUUAAAUUCGUUCGCCUCGUCAACUAUAACAAGAUGGUCUUCAGUCCCUACUAUGAUGCCCUCCUGAGUAAGAUCCUCGUCAGAUCCUAACAUGUAUGCACCCUGCAGCAGUAUUAUUCACUCGGCUCAGAAUACUUGUUCCCAACUAUAAUGCUGCUUUGGAAAAUGGCUAUUUAGUACAUUUUUAUUUAACAGCACUGAUUCCAAAGGGGAGAAUAUUGUGUAUCGCUGUUGAAAAGACUCAAUAUAUGUACUGAAUUCUGUUUUAAAGGGUAGUAUUUAUGAGUGCAAGUUUACAAGUCAAAGAAGCUUUUUUUAUCUUGAGUUUUAUAGGUAACAUUCAGCUUUGAAACAGUUGACUGCCAGUGUGUCUCCACUCCGUCCUCUGUCGUGAUUGUAGCAGCCUGGUCCCUCCAAGGAGGCUGGAGCCUUCCUCUUCUGUGAUCUGGAUAGUUUUUCCGUCAGACGCCCUGUACUGACAGCCACCCAAGAGUAAAAGAAGUCAAGCCAUGGCUGUCUUUAGACUCUUGCCCCCGUCUUCAAUAGCCCCCAACUCCCCUCAACUCAUGCCUCCAGGUAUUUUAUGUUAUAAGGGCUGUCUAGGCUUAUUGCUCUCUCCCUGCCUGGACUAGCCAGGGCCCUAGAGCCUGUACUGAUUCUUGUAUUCUAGAGGAGAGUUGUUUGAUUAUAACGUUUGUUCUUUUCUACAAAAUGAUUCCCGAGUCUGGAUGGUAGCACUGCUGUCCGGUGGGAUCUAGAGAAUGGAAAUUCUUUGAGUUUUAAGCCUUGAACAUUAAGGAGGAAAUAUAUUUUCUUAAAAUAUAGUUUAAUAUAAUAUAAAAGAGGACAAAUGCCUGGGAUUUUUACUGAAACAUUCACUCUGAUAUAAUAUACAGCUGUGUUGAUUGAAUUAGAAUUUUGGAAAAUAGGUUGAAGUAUUUUUGGGUAAAAUAGCCAAAGCUCACUAAUCUGUUGGAUAAGGAAGUCAUAGAAAAUCUUUGUUUUUGAGCAAUAUUUAUCCAAGGAACUUCAGUGACUAGAAUUCCUGGCACAUCCUGUGACGUGAAGGAGUAGUUUGAGUAUCACGGAUGGUCUCUUCUGUUAAAAAAAUAAAAGUGUGUGUGUGUGUGUGUGUGUGAGAGAGAGAAAGAGAGAGAGAGGGAGAGAGGGAGAGAGAGAGAAAGGGAGAGAGAGAGAGGGAGAGAGACAGGGGCAUUAUUUUAGAAGCAGAGCCAUGAAGUUGUUGGAGUGAUCUCCAGCUGCCAGAACAGCUCGGGGUAAAGUAAUGCAAGUAACUCCUUUAUUAAGGGGACAGGGUUGGAGGGGCAAGAGGAACAUUCUCUCUGUAGACUGUCCAUUUAUACCAGGCUCCAUGGAAGUGGGUGGUUAUAUUGGGGGAAAUGUGAUUUCUCCAAAUAUAUGCAACACACACUAUGCUUAAUGGUGUUUUGUACUUGCAGUCAGAAAUGUAUGCUGCACAGUAUGGUCAGAAGUCAUGUUAUUAAAGUUAAGACACCAGGGCAAAUUUUCCCUGGAAUAUGCAAAUUCAUGGAGUCAGAAACUAGAAUACAGGAAAUCUGGGGUGGGGAUAGGGAAUGGGGAGUUGAUAAAAAUUUUUUUUCCCCUGGUUUCUUUGGAAAGUGAUAAAAGUUCAGUAAGUAGGACAUAAGAGUAAUACAGAUUAUUUAUCAGCCCACAAAGACUUGGGCAAAAAGAAACUUGGAAGCUGUUUCAGAAAGUCCUCAGAAAGGCUGGCAGCUGUUUCUGAGAAGCCAGAUUUCACUGCAAGGAGUUGUUUUCUCUUUUCCAGAAAUGUAAGGAAAUGUGGUAAUUUGGGUUUUUGAAAGAAGACUACUUAAGUUGUCCUUUGAAGGUAUGUACUACAAGAGGACUGACUGGAAGGAGGAAAGCAGGUACUCCAAGGGAAGAAUGUCAGACCCAGUAGUAUCAGAAUAAAUUCUGCUUUUAAUAUUUUUGAGAUUUUGGAUAUUCUCAGGGUUUAUACAAAGAAUUUGGAUCUGACUGCAGGAGCUCAGGUAGAAAUUAUAUGUAAACAGAUCAGCUAUUGAAGUUAGUUAUAAUCGUAUGUUGAUGUAGUGAAUUAAAAAAAAAAAAAAAAAAAGUAGAGACAGAUGUAUCUUUAGGUCUUGUGUAACUCCCAGGCAGGAGACCCUGAAGAAUCUGGGGUCACUGUAAACUGGCAAGCUAUCCGCAUUUUACGAGAGAAUACUUUUAAAGAACAAAAUCGUGUCUUUUAUGGUGGAUUCAAUAAGGUCUCUUCUGGAAUUUUCCUUCAAGGUAGAAGUCACUCUGUGUUUCCUGGGCUGAGACUCUGAGCACCCAGGGGUAGCACUGUUUUGCUUUGCCUCAGCCUCUGGGCAGCCUUUGGGGUUUUUCUCUCCCUCCAAGAUUGAGGGAGGGGAACUUUAUCCCUAAAGGCACUGGGUAGAUCACCACUUUCUACAGUCAUUUUUCCUCCUUAAAGCCCCCCCCCCCCACCAUGGAGUCCUAGAUUGACAGAGUUAAAUUUGGAAUUUGGAGUCUACAUGCAUUUAUAAUAGGGAGCUUGCAAAGACUCUUGACUCCCCAAGAGUCCUCGGUGUCCACUGGUGGAAUUCUAUAGAAGGCACAAGCCAAGGAUGAGGAAAGUUUAAUUCAGAAUCUCAGUAUUCAUAUUGAAUCAUUUUGUUGUUACUCUGUGAAGAUACGUGAGCAAAUCUUCCUGGAAUCUCAUAGGAUUAUCACUAAGAGCCAGGAAAAUUCAUUUAGUUAAUUUAGUUACUCAGGAAACAUUUAUUAAGCAUCUAGUUGUGGCUCCCAACUCUCACUCCAAGGCAAAAACAUCCUCUGGAAUAUAUGUUGUCCUUCCUCAGAAUUGAAUUGGUUCUAUAUACUGCAUACUGAUUGAAUUUGACUUGAUAUCUUGCUUAACCAAUUCCUGGAAACAAGUGUUUCUUUUUGAAAUUGCUAAGUUUAUUUGGUAAUAAUUCACUACUUGUGAAUAGAAUGGAGAGCCUUGAGAGUUAGGCCAAUAGUGCCAAGCCUCUUAGAUUUAUUUGGUAGUCUCAUAAGUGAAUGAGUGAAUGCAUGAAUGCCUAGAGCAGUAGCUGCUACUUUGUUGGCUCCAGUAAAUGUUGCUUGAAUGAAUGGCUGAUGUUUUAAAUGGGUGUUUUAAAAAACGGGUGUUUUAAAUCUUUUUUUAAAGCAAGUUGCAAAAUGUGAUUGUUUAUGUAACCAUAUAACCCAGCCAUGAAUAUAUUUCAGGUAAAAUCCACACUGGUACAGUGUCUUACUGAUUAGAUGCAGCAGACAAGUGUAAAAGAACUUCUUUCUCUGUGAAGAAGAGUUGAGAGAUUUGACCUAAUACGCAUAUAAUGUGCAUAUAUUGGCCAGUGAUUCUGAAUGGAUUAUUCCAGCAGACCUGUUUUUGUGGAGGCACUUAUUUUCAUGUCUUCAAACCUUAAGAUUCCUGGGAAUGGAGGAGAGGUGAUGCUGCCACCAGCUUUCCUGGUGAGUUUCAAAGGGAAUAGCUGGUUUGCUGUUUGAUUUCCAGUGACCUUUUUGGUGUCUCCUGAUCGAUAUAUAUAACAUUUGUGUUGUCUUUAAAACUUUGAGGCAAGGUGUUAAAGUAUAAAGACUGGAAGCUGUCAAGAAACUAGGGUUCUGCUCCCAACUUCCUUAUGUACUAACUGGGGCAAAUCUGGGCCCAUUUUCAACACCUAUAAAAUGAGGAGCUAGUUUUGGAUCUUUAAGCUCCCUUCCAGUUCUGACAUUCUAUGAUAAACCUGAUUUGAAUAACUUAUGUAGAUUGUGAUAAGAUUGUGCAGAAAGCUCUUGAUUUAAAGGAAGAUCUGGUUUUGAGUGUUAUCGGCGUCACCUUGCUACUGGUUGUAUGAUAUUGGGGAGGUUAUUCUCCCUUGGAUCACAGUAUUUUCAUCUGUAAAAUGAGAACACUUCUAACUCAGUUAUUGCGAAGAUUAAAUGUGAUAAUGGAUAUUAGAAUGCUUUGUAUAUUGAAAAGGAUUAUAAGUUGCUUUAUUAAUAAAGGAGAGCCUACAACCCA